UUUCAGUAUGGGGUGUCACCCACGGAAAUGUUUCGACGACACCCUCUCGGCAAAGUGCAAUUGGCGACGUCGAGAGCAUGGCGCGCUCGGCCGGCUUUGUCGACUUUUCGGCCAACGCGUUCUACAUCUUUGUCUACACGACUCUCUACGCGUUUCUCUCGGUGCUCUUUCAAUGGUCCAUUGAAGGACACGAGCACAUUCCAAAAGACAAGGCGACGCGGAUCCUCUUUGUCGGCUACCACACGACGCACAAUUGGGACCUCCUCCUCACGGGCAUGUCGCUCCGCGAUGUCCUCGACGAAGCUCCUGUCGGUAUCAUGCACAGGACUCUCGUGGCUCUCAACCCGUGGCUGCGCCUCCUCGGGGCGAUCCAGGGCACACGGCAAAACGUUUUGGAGAUGUACAACCGCGGGCACCGAGCGUGCAUGGUGAUCCCGGGCGGUGCUGAAGAAGCGGUCGCUGGCUUUGAACACGCCUACACGGUCGACUGGAAAUCGUCUUCGGGUCGCGUGCGCACGGGGUUUGCCGAACUCGCCAUGGACGCCAAGUGCGUCGUCGUCCCGGUCGUCGUCCAGAACGCCCAGGAAAUGUACUUUAACCCGCUCUUCUACCUUGUGAACGUCACGGGGCUCUCACGCGCGUACGAUCAUUUACUCGCCUUGCCCUACGGCGUCGGGUGGGUCUUUCUCCAGCUCAAAUUGGCUCUGUGGAUGACGCUGACGUUCCCGACAAGUAUCCCGAUGCCGGUGAAAGCAACGCUCAAGGUUGGCAAGGCGUUGCGACCACGAAAGGCCGAGUCCCCCGCGGUCUUUGCCCGGCGCGUCGAAACAGCGUACCGACAAUUUCUGCACCGCGAAAACCCCGGUGGUCUCGACUACACGCGGGCUGUGCAAGCCCGGUUGGCCCCGUCACGACAACCCAAGUAGAGUGAUGACGUAGCAUUUCAACAAGUUGGAUCGUGAAACCAUCCAGUCAAUUUUUGAAUCGAAUCCGACCACAAAACGAAAUCAUGACGUGGCACGUCCCUGGCGCAGAUCGAUUGGCU